AUGGGGCAGGAAAAUACCUUGUUUGAUGACGUAAUGCAGGGCAGGUGGGAGAGAGUGGUGACAGCAUAUGCAGAUCCUGAAACCCAGAAGUCCAGGAUCACCACAUCAGAAGACACAGCCUUGCACAUUGCCAUUUUGAACGGGCAAACCGAGAUCGUGAGGCAGCUAGUGGAGCAGAUACACGACGAACACGCUGCAGCAGUUCUGAUGUUGCAGAAUGUGAGGGGAUCCACGGCUAUCCACCUGGCAGCAGCAGUUGGCGAUGCUGACAUGUGUGGAUCCGUGGCUUACAAGGCUCCCGCUGAGGUCAUCGGGAUCAGCAACGGAGAAGGUGAAACCCCUCUCUUCCUGGCAGCCAUGUCUGGCAAGACAUGGAAUUUCUUCCUUCUCCUGGACAGACUUGAAGAGGAGAAAGCGGACGAGAUUUGUCACAGAAGGUCUUGCAAAGGUGACACCAUUCUUCAUGCUGCCAUCUCCGGUGAACACUUUGGUAAUAAAUGUACACACAUUAAACACUUCCAUAUGCAAGAAAGCAACGUCGAUGAUCCUGAAAGCUUCAGAAAGGAAACAAUUCAAGGUGCUGGGUUUGGAAGAAGAGUAAAUCUCAAAGAAGUUUUCCCACCAAAUUAUGCAACAAUAAUCGAUUUUUUCAAGCUCGUGUUAAUGACACUGCUGCUUAUUCUUGGCUUCGGACAUGCAAGAGUCACUAAGAUCAAAAGAAUGAAAUCGGCACACACAUGGGCGAAUAUUGUCUUGAAAACAUUGGUUGACAGCGCUUCACUAUAUAGGUACGAGAACAGUGGUCGAAAACCCACCAAUGGAGACAUAGACCCAGCGCAAAUCCCAGAAUUCCCAACUGAAGAUCAGCAUUCUCAGAAUUCUGUGAUCAACACCAAUGAGCCUGAAACUGGAGAGAAAGCCAUACUAGUUGCAACGCAUAUGGGAAUAACUGACAUGGUGGACAAGUUUAUGAAGGCAUCCCCAGCCGUAAAUCGAGAGUUAGACAUGGAGAAUGAAAAUCUUGUCCUUGUGUCAUACAAGAAGGAAAAUCUACCUCAUCUUGGAUCAGUGAGCAAAGAAACCCCAAUACUGAUAGCAGCAAAGAUGGGAGUCAAAGAAGUAGUGCAGAAAAUACUGGAAACAUUUCCUAUUGCUAUUCAUGAUCAGGACAUUGAUAAUAAGAAUGUUGUGCUCUUGGCUGUAGAGAACAAACAUGUCCAAGUCUUUAAAUUGCUUACGGAGAAGGUUAUACUGAAGGAGAGUGUGUUUGGCCAAGUAGACAAAGAUGGGAACAGCGCAUUGCACCUAGCUGCAACUUUUGGAGAUUCUCGACCUUGGCUUAUACCAGGAGCUGGCCUGCAAAUGCAGUGGGAACUCAAGUGGUACAAGUUCGUUAAGCAGUCAAUGCCACCCAACUUCUUUCGCCAAUACAACAAGAGAAAUCACACCCCGAAGCAGAUCUUAUUGGAAACCCACAAACAACUUGCAAAAAGUGGUAGUGAAUGGCUCACCAAAACCAGCGAGUCAUGCUCAGUUGUUGCUGCACUUGUAGCAACAGUUGCAUUUGCAGGAUCAUCAACCGUCCCUGGAGGCAACAAAGAAGAUACCGGUACCCCUGUUCUUGAACAGGAGCCAGCAUUUAAUAUCUUUGCCAUCACAUCGUUGGUUGCCCUCUGCUUAUCCGUAACAUCGCUUGUAACUUUUCUUACCAUCCUCACUUCCCGCUUUGACCACAAAGAUUUCGCCAAGUCACUGCCUCGGAAGCUAAUUUGGGGUUUAACAUCACUCUUCCUUUCCAUAGCUUCCAUGCUGGUCUCCUUUUGUGCAGCCCAUUUCUUUGUUCUGAAAGACAGCCUGAGAAUGUUUUCAUAUCCAGUGUACGCUGCAACUUGCUUGCCAGUGACCAUUUUCCUUCUUUCAACCUUCUCCCUCUACUAUGAUCUCAUUUGUGCGAUAUACUCAAAGGAGCCACAACACAGUUUAAAGGAGUUUCAUCCCUAG